UUCCAGUUCCAAUCCGACUGCCAGCGAAGCAGCACGUACUGUCGCGCAUCGGGUGUAUCUGAAGACGAGAACCGGAGUAUCUGACGGGUGUUUUUUUCGAGCGGGUGUAUGGGUGUAUCUGCAGUGCGUGAUCGCUGGCGGCUGUUUGCCCAACUGAUUACCAAAGUGCUGCGCGAAGUGAAGUGAGGAUUUGUGAGAAAUACAACAGAAUUACGCGGGCCAAUAGGUUCAUUGAGCAGAGCUUCAAUGCUUAUGCUCUAUAAAUAAAUGAAAAAACGGCAAAGAAAAAUGAGAAACGUGUUUGUGACGUGCAAAACAAAAUACACCUUGAAAUGAAUGGAUACAACUUUGUGUUUCAAACCGGUCAGCAAAAGUUCUUCUACUAAAAAUUGCUGACACAGAAAGAUAACACAGAGAAGUUCACCUACAACUGCUUAAAUAAACAGGCACGGAACCAGAUAAAAAUUGAUAAGCAAAUACGCCAGUAUUGCAAUACAAAUUAACCAUGCGGAAGCUGCGGCACACACUAUAUUUUGUUCAUUGCCUGGGUAUCCCAUUCCCAGGGUAUAGCAUUUGUAUCUGAUUCCCAGGGAGAGUUGCUAUAAAGUUACUCGUCACUAGAGCCCCGCAAAUAAUUGCAAAAUCAGCAAAACACUUCAGGGGCACCGGGGAAAAUCUGCCAUACCAGCUGUCUCACUCCGACACUUUCCUCCUAUCCCUAUUUAUUUGUUUUCUUUUUCAUCCACCAAAAUAGCUACAAAUUAAACUGGCUCCAUGGAGAUUUGCAUAGGUGCAGGGAGAUGUGCAACAAUGGCAAAACGCUUAAUGGAGCAUGUCGAAAUGAGAUGGGCGAGUUGUUGAGUUCAGAUCCACACAUGCAAGUGGUGAAAAGGUUGACAGUGUCGUAGUUUCAAAGGGGAUUUAUUUUGGAAACAACUAGAAGUAUACAGCUUUCCUUUGAAUACUCAUUAGGCACUCCAUUCACCAAACGGCGUGUGUGCUCCUUCAAAUAGCUAUAAACAUAGCUUUACAUUCAGGACUUCGCGAUCGAUUUCAAAUACUCCAUUUUAGUACAACCCUACUUUAUAACUGCAACUGCUUACCGAUAUCUUUUAUGAUCUCCAGACCGGACCGUAAAUCCCCCCUAACCACGUCCAUGUCCCUUGCAAUUGAACCGAACAGUAGCCUACACACAAAUGGCACAAACAUGUCAAAAAGAAGAACCAAAAUACGGGGUUAAUAAAAGACUUUGUCUGCUGCAUUGUGGUGUUUUAUUGGGUUUUCUGUUCGUCGCAGCUGUUCAGCUAAAGUUAUUCCCACUGAAAGCGGAGUAUUAUUUUGGCCCGUAGAUUGCAUUUCAAAUCGCUGGUGGGAAAUGCUAUACGAUGUUGCCAAAUUUCAGCCAAACAAAUUCUCCUUUGUUUUUUGCUGAUUUCCCGCUAAUGACUUCGGUUCAACAUCUCACAAGCCAAACAAAAAUAAGCGAAUUAGCUCUGACUGUACUGGUUGAUGUAUGUAAGUUAUGUGGCAUCGUUUAGAAUGAUCCAGGGAAACUCCCUCCCGGAUCUCCCUCGCAUAUGGGCUCUCUGUUUCCCGGGCAGCUGUCCCAAUUUUCAAGAGGUGACACCCUCCCUCACGAUUUUCCACAUUCCACUUUUCGCGUUGCGUGUGUGCGUGAAAAGCGAUCAAUUAAAAUCGGGAAAAGGAGACAAAGGGAAUGCUACGGUUCCCAUCAUUCCAUUCAUCCCUAUAUCCUGUGAAGUAUGUGUAAGGAAUUCUUAUUGGACGGGAGUGGCAGAACGUGGACUCCCCCUCAACAAAAACGAUUUAUGAGCCUUGACUUUCAUAGUCCCAAAAGAAAGAAAUUACACAGGGUCGCAGCCCCCCAAAAUAUUUUAAUUGAGAGAAUAUGGCAAUUAAAUAUGCUGUUAUUCCAGGGAACUUUCUGCCUGCAUCCUUGAUGAAGAUUGAUUUUUGCAACGACGCCGCUGCUGCGCAUAAAUUUUCACGCGCAGCUAAUCAAAAUUAGUCAUGCCUGAAAAUCGGAGAAGGUGGAGUCCAUUAGGGGUGGGGAAAAGGAAAAUUAGUUUUUAAUUUGUAAUUUUUCGCACACCGACAGGAGUCAACUUUGAAGUUGCUUUUGAUUUCUAAAAGCCGUUUCUCUUUGAACUGCUCGGCCGCCGAGAAAGUGUGAAAAUCGUCGAAGGAAAACUGCUCAAGUUUUCCAGUUCAAUUAGCCGCCUCGGAUCGCCGCCGAUCGCACAAGUCCAUAACAAUUUCCGGCCAAACGGUCGAUGGGCAGCCUGAGAUACAUGUGUUAGCAGCAGAUAUCAGAAAAGUAUUGGGAAAGUAUCGCAAAAGUAUCCCAAGAUCGCCAGCCUUUCCCUGAAGACCUGACUUGCAUGAGCCGAUAAAAGGCAGCAAUUUUGCUCACUUUUCUUUGAUUGAAGUACUCUGGAAAUGGCAGUGUCUACUCCAAUUUUGUUUGUCGAGAGUUGAGUUGGCUUCGCCUGAAUCGAGGAAGAGGAAACGAUGUCAAAUGCCUGCAACUCUACCGACUUUGGAUGCCGCCAAACAGUCUGUCCCCAGCUGGCAGUAUAUGUCGCCCUGUCGGGUGAUUUGCAUUUCCCCGUGUUUGAUGUAAAUGCCAUGUAAAUAUUUGAUCAGCCCGGUAAACAUAUGUACACUGCACACAGGGCAAGUCCAGGUCCAGAAACACUCAAAAAAAAUAGGCUUGAAAACUGCGGGAAGAGGCACUUAAUUACGGGCGAAUUUUAUGAGCUGACUGGCCUGUGACCCGCAUCGAUAUGCCUGCUACAUCGAUAUAUGCUACUGUUCGGGCUAAUGACCCACGAAAUCCCAGAUAUCGGGACCCAGGGCGCCGUCUGGAAUACCUAAAUAGAUUCCCGUUGAGGCGCUACCUGUUCUGCCCACCAGCGGUUAGAAAGGUCGGGUGUAAAGGGUUAAGACUCGGGCGAAGUUUCUCUUUGUCUUCCUUAAUUGCCGAAAAAUAUUGUGGUUUACAGUAAAGCCAGGAGAAAUGAUAAUUAUGAAAACCCAGCAAGAAAAGAUUGUGGAGAGGAAGCAAUUUAAAGAAAAUUGUCAUGGGAAAAUCAUGUCGCAAAGACAAAGAAAAAUUUGGGAGGUAUAAUUUGAAAACGAAACAGUUCUACGGUUGAAGAGUAAUUCGAUUCAUUUGCUUACAAAUGGUAAGGCUAUUUAAUCGUUCGCUCAAUAUUAAAGAUCUACUUAGUGUGCGCUUAGUGUUGUAUCUCAUAGUUUGCCUAAAUGUAAUAUGCUGGUGAAUAUGUUCAUAUUAAAGCAAUAAGGUGAACCUUAUAAGGGAUUGGUUAACGUUGGUCCCUAACUAGCCAAGUUGAAUGUUCAGAAAAUGCAGUCCAAAGGCAGCCUAUCCGAUAGAUGGACUUUCAAAGACCCCUGGCCAAUAUAAUAAUUACGCAAGGGCAGUUCGAGUCGCUCUCGUUGUCCAAAUUACGGAGUAGCCACCAGCCAAGGUUUCCCUUCCCCGUGGUUACCCUAUCGAUGCACCUUUCGUGGACGGCGUGUGCUGGCUAAUUGAGCUGCACCUUGGGCAGCAGCUGGUUGCAGCAGGAUGCAGCCGUCCUUGUGGCUUUCUGGCACUCUAUAAAGAGGCAUUAAAGUCGCCUUUUGUCUACUUGCUGUGCUGUUAAGCGAGAGGAGUGGCACCGCUUAAGACCGAGGAAUGCGCUUCAAUCAUUAAUCAGCUGCGACUAAUGUUGUGGCAGCUGGCAGAUGAAACCCAUUCCCAUUCCCAGUCCGAUUCCCAUUCCGCUGCCAUGUACAUAUUUCUAAUUGCAGUUGACAAACACUGAACGGAACCCAUUGAGCGGGCAUCCAACUCGUCCGCCUGCUCCAGAUCCACUGUAUGAUGAUUCUCGGAAAGGCCAACUACAACUCCAACCAAAAGUACCCAGCCCUUUUCUUAUCUGGGGCUUCCAUUUAGUGCUUGAGUUUUCACAGAAGGCGCUCCCUUUGGUUCUUGAAAAUGUAAUUAUCAUUCUCCCAGAACUUGACUUGUUCUCGGCGAGGUAGAUGAGUAUGGAUCAAAUUGGUAAAUUAAAACUUUCGCCAGGGCUGGAACGUGUACUGUAUAUUUUCCUUUGGAAAAACGAUUUAAUAAAUGAGUUUACUCUGCCAACACUUUUCUCAAUGGCCGCCCAAUUUAAUUGACUAUCCGCACUUGAUUUACUGAGUCAACAUGCGAGUGGGAAAUAGAAUAAGCAGAUGGCGUAUCUGGAGACAUCCAUCAAUAUGUCCAGACCUUGUUAAUCGCAUAGAAAGCAUCUAGCAGACACCCCACUUCCACUUCACUUUCGAACAAAACUGGAUAAAUUUGCAUAUGACUCGAAACAGACUGAGAAACAGGAGUCCAUUGUGGAGUCAUAAAAUAACGAAAGAUCCGAAUAGCAGCGUCAAGAAAUCUAAUCAAUACGAUAGCCUCUUGAAAAUGGGAAUCGAGUCGGACUCUGGUAAACAAAUCACGUCAGCAGACCAUUUAUCAGUCUUGGUUUUGGUCUUGGUCUUGGCCAGUCUGGUUCGAAUGCUUAAAGCUAAUGAAAUGCAAUUGGAAAUUUAUUGGUCUUCACGGCGAUAUGGCUGCGCCUGAAUUCAAAUUUUCGGUCAGCUGUCCUGUCAGCUGGGGAUCUGGAACUGGAGUUCCACUCGAGCUGUCCGUAAUUACAACUCGGGGCAACUCUUUUCCCAGUUCGCAGCGCCGGAUGGCCAUCCACUUGACGGACAACUACAAUGGGGCUGUAGUAUCUGGAAUUAUUGUACGCUGUACAUGCACACAAAACAAUGACGACAACUGCACAUCAGUCUGUCAGUCUGUUCAGCUCCAGCUCAGUCGGUCGGUAACCAGGCUGUGUGCAUGUGGCAUGCAACAUUCGCCGCCCUUUCCCCCUUUGAUUAUGCUGAUGAGUUUUUGGUCUCUGUUAUAUCUGGCGGCCCCCAUCUUCGGCGCUAAUAAUAAUAAUGAAAAAGUUUUCCUCUCUCGCAUUUUCGGGCCUUGCACUUCUUUUUUUUUCGGGUAAUGUACUGGUUUGGGUUAGGGGGUCGACUUUGUUUAUGCCACUUCAACAUGAAGCCCAAUGGGCAUUAUUGUAGAUGCAGAUUACUAAAAGGUGCUCCUCCAUUGUAACAUUUUACUCAGUUGAAAGAUGAAGCUGGAAAGUGGAAAUGGUCACUGGGUUUCGACGUAAUAGUACUGGAUAAAUGUCUACAAACUUCUACGGAAAACCAGUAAAAUGGGCUUCAAUGGGCUAACUGCACUGCUCUUAUCAAUAUUAUUUUAUCUGCAGUAGACAAAUAUUUUUAAUAGCUAGUAAUAAAGAAAGCGGAGAUAAGCCUGCAGAUAUUAGCUCUUAUAGCUAGCAACUUUGCAGCUCUCUGAAAUAGGAUUAUCUUUAAACAGCUUUAAACUGCGUGCAAAUUUUAGAUUGCUGUCUUCUUAUCUCAUUAAGCGAGUAUUAACUUGCUGCAUCAUUAGCUUACAUCUUGUCAUUCGAAAUAGACGGCGUGCUUCCGUAGCACUCAGACCGAAUCUUCGAUUGAAAAAAUUCUGGCUUUUUAUUCAUUGAAUUGACCUUCGUUAUGCAAUGGCUGGCGAUUUCCACCCCCAUUGAAAAGCAGACUCAGAUGCCGCUGCAGCAUCUCGCACUGCGAGAGUCAAGUGACUCUUAAUGAAAUGCAUUAAGUCUAUAUAUAAAGCACUCUGACGCAAAAACUCAUUUCCCCAUUCGAGCAAUCCUCUCGAGUUACACGGCUAAUGUUGUUAUAUAGUCUACGAUAUUGCACAUCUCCCAGCGUUUGCCAGUAGAUGAGGAAAAAGAAACUUAAAUUAGCCUCAAUUGUUUAUAAUUUCCACAAAAGUGCUUAUGCGGCUGUCAAGUGCGUCGAGUGAGGAAGUGGAGAACGGCCGCAGAUCGUCUUUCCUCCUUUUCGGGCUUGGAUCGGUCUUCUGGCCGAUUAAGAAACUCUAGGCUGGCGAACCGGUUUCGCACUUUAUAAGUCCACCCGCUAAAAAUCCCCAGCUGGCCCAGACUGCACAGAGGAAAAACUCAUAAACGUACUCAGAUUUUCUAUAUUCAAAUAAAUGUAUUCAUGAAUAGUGGGUGUAACAGUAUUUGUAUACAACUUAAUUACAGAGAGGAGAUUAAUUCCGAAAAAAACAAUGACUUCAUUAAUAGUUUUUACAUGGCUGCAAUGCACUCUAAACAUCAUAUGUUCCACUGUUUUCUUUCAGUGUCCAAAGUUCGGCUCAUAACGGCGGCUUAGCCCCUUCUUUUAUUUUCUGACCCUCUCGCACAGCAGGUUUCGUGCCUAAUUAAUGCAGGCCGAUAAACUUCAGGGUAAAGUUUUAAGAAAAAUGUGUGUAUAGAAACUUUUAGUUUUGUAGAUUGCUGGCGCUCCCUUUUCAAGACCUUUUUAUUUUUUGCAUAAAUAUAUUAAUUGUAUAAUUUUACGAUCGCAGAGAUAAAGAGUCGAUGAUAAGCCGGUUUUUCGGUGGAAAUAAUUUUGACGACUUAGGCGCCGCCGUUGUCAACACAAAAUGUUUUUGUAGCGCUAAUUUUCAUAAAUUUGAAAUAGGAGCCAUAAAACACUAUAAAGGCGGGCAUAAAAUUGUUGUUUCCAAUUGUUCAUUUUUUUUAUAGUUUAUUUGCGUCACGUUUUGUUACUUGAACACACCUUGAAUGAUCUAAUGGCAGAGCUUCUUGAUCAGCUGAAUGGAGGCAAAUAAAGCCCCAAUUAUUGAAUGGCUCUCAAGUGCAUUGAUGUUUAGCCAAAAAUGAUUUCAAGCACACACCUCCACCUGUCAAAACUGCCGGCCCAACAGUUCUGAGCUACUUAACUAUGCAGUUGACAGCUCAAGUCGGCUUUGCGUUUUUGCGCACUUCACACACUCGAUGUUGUUUUUUCAACCAGUUUCGAAAUUGAGCACUCACAAUAUUUUGGAUAUUUGCGCCUGACACAAUUAGCCAACGAGUUUUGUGCCAGCAAAUGGCGUUGUGAUCAAUGGAACUCCCAAUGUCAGCAUCACCAGUAAAAAUAGUUUUUUAAGCGACCCCCCGUUUCUCUGUUGAGAACAUGUGUUGAGCAGGUCUCAUCCAUUCGCAGGAAGUUCGCGCUUUAAUCAUCAGCAGUUUUAUAUACGAGUAUGCUUGAUUCCAUCGCCUAAGCACAUUAAUCAAAUUACCCCCUCGAUCUCAGCGUUCUCAGUCAGUUGCUUAUAUUUAAGCGCUGUUUCUGUUAUACGAGUAUAAAUUUUUACGGAGUCCCAGGCAAUUUCCUUUUGAGAUUUCGGCUGGCUGAUAAGACAGCCCGGCAGCCUCGUUGUCUAGACUUGGGCCCUUUUAUUUUUCAGCUGCCUGCCCACAGGAAAAAGCACAGAAAUCUAGACAGACUGCGACAGACACUCGCGAUAAAGCCGCUGAAAAACGCCCCAGCCGCGUUUUGCAUUUUGGCGAAAGUUGUCAAUGCUGUCAAAGGUGCGUUAGCGAUAAACUAAAAAUGGAGGAAUAACAAACGCCUUCGCAAAGGAAACCAGUUGGGUUUGAACCCUUGCCAUUUAGCCUGCCUCAAAAGUUCAAUUUUUACUAUUUUACUAUUUUAGCAUAACAAUAGAUACCAAAUGAACCAUUAAAUGCCAAUGCAAGCUGCAAUUGCAUAAAUUUCAAUAGACAAAGACAAUCGGCGGGCAAAAAUGCCAACAAUUAGACGCCCACAUGACCCAGAAAAGUCAAAUUUUGAAGGAGAAAAAAUUCAAGCGCAUUCCCGAUGCCCUGUGGGUGCUUAGGCUAUUGAAUUUUGACAAAAUUUGAUUUAUUUUCGCUGUGCUCGAAUUAAUUUGCACGAUUCGUGACGUGAUUGGGUUGAUUGAAUUUUUUCCCCCGCCCAGUGCUUCACAAACUGGGGCUAGUCCUGCUCAAACUUUUGCCGCAGGGUGACUCACUUUAGACCUUUUCACUUCUCUUUUACUUGGGCUUUGCAUAGGCCAUAAAUAUUACACUUUGUCGCAAAGUCCCUGCAACAAUAUGUCUGGGUGUGUAUAGCGAAUUCUAUGGUGAUUCACACUGUAAUCGUCUACUGGAUCUUCAUUGAAAGGUUUGAUUGAUUGCAUUGAUAGAUUCAAGGAACAGAAAGAAAGAGUUCCUAUUGUAUGGAACUUCUCUUGAAAAUUUAUGGAUAAUUUUGUUGAUGAUCCCAAUCAAAAUGUCUCCUUCAAGCUCUACUGCAGUUUGACUACAUUUUUGCCAGUAAGCUGUUACAGAAAUCGCAAUACUCGACCACCGCUUUAGCUUAGAUUCCUGUUCAUAGUGUUACUUUAACCGCUGGUGAGCGUUAAUUUUUAGUUAAUUUCUUCAUUCACAUUGAGCAAUUUCGAAAUGAUGUACAUUCCGUCGCAUCGCCACUCCACUCUAAGCCCGCAAUUAAAGUCGCUCUUUAUUAGAAGCUUCGAGCCCCGACCCCCGAGAAGUCCGACAACCGAGUGUAGCACACCAUGAACUGCAAUCAAAACAAUUACAGCCAAUUCACGCAGCGCUAAAAACAACAGCAACUGUCCAGAGCAGUCACAAUUGCCACUUCUCACUCCUCGAGCACUUCCCAGUCCACUCCCAACUGCAGAAACCUACCAUGAAAAAAAUAGAAAAAAGAGAAAAUCAACAGCAAUAAAGCAGAAACAUUGAAACGUCGUUCGCAGUAUGUUGAUGACAUUAGAAAAUGGUUGUUUAUUGCAUUUCCUUGUUAUUGUUGCCGCUGUCAGCUAACCAGACGCCUGGCAAAAUGGCAAAAGUCCGGCAGACAUCGAACUGUGGUGUUCCAUGUAGCCCCAGCCCCACAAGGAACCAGAACUCCUUCGUGGCUCCCAAGUGUCAUCGAACCGUGCCGAACUGAACCUAACCGACAAACCAAUUGACAGGCAGACUCAGCCAUAGGAAUAGGUUUUGGAAUGGGCAUGGGAAUGGAUAAGGGAGGGGGUAUGUGGCAACUCCAGCGGAUCUCGGGAUGCCACAUGCUUAUAGAUAUGUUUAAGUGCCGUUUGUGUCAGUCGAAAGUGUCGCGCAGAUGAUAAAACCCAUAAAACUAUACUCUCGGCAAAAAGGAAAGAGAUAUAGUUUUAGGGGGAAAUAUACAUUAAAUGUUUUUCGUUCUAUUUCCUAACUAUUAGGUAUGCUGACUGACACGUCCUUUAAGCUUUUGGCUGAAGGUUAAAAGUAUUUACUCAAGUGAAUUUCUAGAUAGAUUAAUACUGAGUAAUGUUUUAAUGAGAUACAUGUUGGGUCUAUUAUUUGUUUUUUUGUUCACCUUCGACUUCACCACUUCUCAUUUCCUUUGAUUCCACAUCCCUUUGCUUUCAACACCCACUCUAAUUUCCUCUACCCACUCGAGUUAUAUUUCGGUACGAACCUUCAAGAAGCCAUCUUAUCCAUUAGACUGCCCCCCAAAGUGCUGCUCCACUAAGUGACUCUAAGGUGCGAUAGUUUCGCUUUUAUUCCACUUUUCUAUAGAGGAUGUCCGUCAAAAUCCGGCACAACGUGCGUCAUGUGGAAUAGAUGCUAAUUAGGCGCUAAUGAGACAACUUGGCCAUAGAAACGAACCAAAUUUGAGGGACAGGCACGAGUGCGGUUUUGGAGCGGAGAAAGAUGGGGAGUUACUAGAGUUUGGGGCGUGUCAGGCCGAGUUCGUUGGACCAGCGGCAUCAAUUUAUGAAUCCCGGGCUCAAUUAAAAAUGAUUGAUGCAGUCUUAUCUCUUAAGUCCCAGUGGGGGACCCUAGCAAUGAACAAUCGAGUGCGCGAGUGGGGCAAACUUUAUAUUUCUUUGCUUAUAAAUGAUAAACCUCAAUUUGAAUGCCGCAGCAAUUAAUCAAUGUUUAAAGUGAACAAAAACAGAGACGGUACAGCAUGAAAAUCCUAUAAGCAAAAGUCAUAAAACUACACAAAAAUAACAUCAGAAAAAUGUCGGCAGUCAGUGCGAGUAAUAGGCCGCCUCCAUCGCCGAUAUCGGCGCCUAUAUACGAUGGCUAUGCUACGAUACGAGCCCGCGGAUUGACCCGAUCCCGAUCGAUAAGGGCGGAAUCGGAGAAUGGGGCUCAACUCCCGCCGGUCUUGCAGAAACCACGAAGGCAGAGGACCAUUUCCCUGAGGAGUAACUACAGUUUGCCCGGCGGUCAGUCCGAGGAGAUCUACGCCAGGGCGAAACCAGUUAGAACGCCGACCAUCGGGGAUCUGGAACCGAUAUACACCAAUCCCUCGGCCUUUCGCCCUCUCUCGGAUGCUUCGAGUUCCUCGGGAGGAGGCAGCAUGCCCUGUGAUUACCAGAAUGUGAAAAAGAACUCCCGGUUCUCAUUGGAUUCCCUGCAGAGUAGUGCCACUCCAAAGACGCCCGAUUAUAAUACUGCCGGUGAAGAGGAGCCCAUCUUCCUGUACACGGCACCGGAGAGUCCAAAACGGAGACUAGAUAGUGGAAUCCGUAGCUCCUAUGAGAGUUCAGAUCGCGGAUGUUACUCGCCCUCACCUAGGAUGAGUUUCGACAUGCAGGAGAGGGACUGCCCGCGUCUAAGACCACCGACCUUGCGCCACAACUCGGUGGGUUCAACGGGCAAUAGGCGUCCCAUAACCUUGUCCCUGAACGAGACACCAAGAUCGCCCACAGGACUACCACCUCCGGCGCCAGUUCGUCGGGAAAGCCUCUAUGCCAAGCCAAAGAUUUAUGCCACGCCCAUGCGACCGCCGACCAGUCCUCGCCUUAAUCUGUACGAGCUUCCAAUAGUAACACAAAGAAGCAACAGUGCCGAGCUGCUGGAGAGGUCCUGCACCAGCCAGAGUCUUGCCACCAUCGACCAGGAUGAGCUGCUGGUAAUCCCCAGUGCCAUGCCCAUGCUGCCCAACGCAGUGGAUAGGCGAUACCACACCCUGGGUCACAUGCGGGUCAAGAGCAUGGGCGCUGGACUGCAUCGCAGCCUGGAUGUGCCCACUGGCUCCAUGCUGGACGUGGCCAGCGGCGGCCACUGGCGUUACAGGGCAGGCAAUCAGUCUGCCGGUAACAUUUACGCCUCCGCUGAGGCCGCCGUCAGUGAUUUGAACCGGAUGGCACCGGAGUACAUGGAUCCACUGGACUUCAAGAUAGGAUGCCAAACCACGCUGCGGAGUAAGCCCUUGAUCCCCUGGUACGAACUGGCAAUUCGCAGGGACUUCAAGCGGCAGUCCUGCCCGCCGAUUAGUGGAUCAGGGGUCGGUGGAUCCUUGACCUUGGCGACUUCGCCUCAGGAGGAUCUUGAACAGGCCCAUGUGGUCACCGCCUUCGAGCAGUCGCUGUCCAACAUGACCAACCGACUGCAUCAAUUGACGGCGACGGCGGAGCGAAAAGACGGCGAGCUGACGGACAUGCGGCAGACCAUCGAGUUGCUGAGGAAGCAGUCCAUCCAGGCGGGACUGACCACGGCGCACAUGCAGAGCAUGGGUGUCCAGACCCAGGGUCAAGGUCAGCUUCAGGCCCUGGGUCAGCCGGCCUCAGACCAGAAGCCACCGACCUCGGGCUCUCAACGCGCCAUUAAUGCCAACAAUGGCUCCAUGCCCCUGGGAAUGCAGCGACAGCACAGCACCGACUCCAUGUGCUCCCUAAACUCCAUCAGUUCCGGGUGCUCGGCGGCCCAAGACAAGAACAAGGCCAACAAGAAGAAGGGCUGGCUGCGGAGCAGCUUCACCAAGGCCUUCUCCCGCAAUGCCAAGAUCUCCAAGACUAGUCGUCAUGUGGGGCACCAUCAUCAUCACAACCACUCUCAGCAAGAGUUGGCUGCUGGGAAGAUUCCCCUGCACAAUGGUCACGGUGAACCCUUGGGACUGGCCUCGUUGGCCACCCAACCUGCUCCUCCUCUGCCGAAUAGCAAGCAGAGCAGUCCCGCCAAGACCGUCACCCUCAUCGACAAUGCCAAACCCAUCGAUGCCAUUGAGCAGGAGGAUCAGCAUGUGGUCGAGGACCUCAAGAAGCAGCUGCGCGAAAAGGAUCUCGUCCUGACUGAUAUUCGACUGGAGGCCUUGAGCUCGGCCUCCCAGCUGGAGAGCCUUAAGGAGAUGAUGAACAAGAUGCGGGCCGAGAUGAUGUCCCUGAAGCACAACAAUGAGCGGCUCCAGAAACUGGUAACCACGCGCUCCUUGGCUGGUUCGGAGGCCAGCUUGGGCCAGGCCAUUAGUCCCAAUGGAUCUGUGGCUGGAAGCUCCGAGGUGUCAAGACGCUAUUCCCUCGCCGAUAGUAACAAUCGCCCACCCAUGGAACUACCGGCUCGACUCACUGAAGAACUUGAACUGGAGGAAGAGUGUCUGCCACCUGCCCCGGCUCCCGAACAACCAUCACCACCGGCUCCAAAUGGCGUCAGUGUGGCUCCCCUCAGUCCCAGUACGCACGUAGACCUAACACCACCUCCUCCUGCCUUGGAGGCGGCUCCUAUGGCCAGUCCUGUGCACAUGGCCAAUGCCACGGAGGAGUUGGCCGAUGUGUGCGAUGGCAAGAAGAUAGCCAUUGCCUGUUAUCUGGGCCAGCCAGAGGCGUUUUCCAAGUACUGUGAGGAGCUGCAGGAACUCGAUGGCUUCUAUGCCAAUGGCCUCGAUGCGGAUACCCAAUCCCAAAGCGAGAGGAAGUCCAACUAUGCCAGCGCCAGCUGCAACGAGUUCGUCAUAGCCUGCACCUACAUCUCCGGAAAGACAACGUGGCAGAAUCUGGACUACGUGGUGCGCAAGACCUUCAAGGACUACGUGGCGCGCAUUGAUCCCGGCACCAAUCUGGGUCUCAAUACGGACUCCAUCACCUCGUACCAUUUGGGCGAGGCAAAGAGGGGUCCCGAGAUGGGAUUCCCGGAACUGCUGCCCUGUGGUUACAUAGUGGGCAGUGUGCGAACCCUAUAUAUUUGCCUGCAGGGGGUGGGAAGCUUGGCCUUCGACAGCCUCAUCCCCCGCAGCAUUGUCCACCGAUACAUCAGCCUGCUCACGGAGCACCGUCGGCUCAUCCUGUGCGGACCCAGCGGCACUGGAAAGUCCUACCUGGCCCGUCGACUAGCCGAGUUCCUUGUGGCCCGCUCCGCCAGGGGCAACCCUUCGGAGGCCAUUGCCACGUUCAAUGUUGACCACAAAUCCUCGAAGGAUCUGCGUCAGUAUCUGGGCCACAUUGCCGAACAGGCUGCCAUUGCCAAUGGAGUCUCCGAACUUCCCUGUGUGAUUAUCUUGGACAACCUGCACCACGCCUCCGCCUUGGGCGAUGUCUUCUCCUGUCUCCUGAGCGCCGGGCCUGCCAACAAGCUGCCCUGCAUCAUUGGCACCAUGUCGCAAGCCACUUGCAACACCACCAACCUGCAGCUGCACCACAAUUUCCGAUGGGUUCUCACGGCCAAUCACAUGGAGCCCGUGAAAGGCUUCCUGGGUCGCUUCCUGAGGCGCCGACUCUUCCAACUGGAACUGCAGACGCAACAUCCUCAACCGGAGUUGGCGGCAGUUCUGGCCUGGUUGCCCUCCGUUUGGCAGCACAUCAACCGAUUCCUGGAGGUGCACAGCUCCAGUGACGUGACCAUCGGACCGAGGCUAUUCCUCGCCUGCCCGAUGGAUCUGAAGGACUCGCAGGUGUGGUUCACUGACAUUUGGAACUACCACCUGUCGCCAUAUUUAGUGGAGGCGGUGCGCGAGGGAGUUCAGCUCUAUGGACGACGAGGAGGUGCCUGGAACGACCCCUCCGCCUUUAUUAGGAACUCCUACCCGUGGCCCUACGGUCCGGACUCAGUGCCUCCAUUGCGACAAAUCAAUGCCGAGGAUGUGGGACUCGAAGGCGUGGCUCUAACCAACGGAGACCAACAGGAUCCCUUGCUCAACAUGCUGAUGCGCCUACAGGAGGCGGCCAACUACUCGGAAGCUCAGGACCAGGAAUCCGAUUGCGCCAGCUUGGACUCGAAUGUCACACCCGAAAGUUCCGCUGGAGCAGAGUGAACAGCUUUAUAAGCCAACCACUUCGUACAUGCCAAAUUUAGAUGGACUAACUAAAGGAAACAUACCAGCUGAGGGUCUGCUGCACCCAAGAUAACCUUCUCCCCGCACAAAUGAGACUUCUUGCUCUACUUUCGCAGCGAGGUUCAAAAGCAGUUCCAAGAGUUUUCCAUUUGCACCAAGUCAGCGACUUCUCCACCCAUCGUAUCUAACCACUCCCUGCCAUCUAGAGUAAAUUGCACUUUUUAGCGCACUUGUUAAAAAUGCAAAUUGUCCAAGCAACUAAAGAAACCUGAUAGCGAAGCACUACCAUCCCAAAAUGCUAGGACCCCGGCUGUGUUUCCGAAAUACCCAACUCUUGAGAAAUGAAACCUUGAGUGACAUGAAAUGUUAAGGAGAUAAGACAAGUGAAUUCAUUUUUGUACAUAUAAAACCAACUAAAAACCCAAUCCCCUAUGCUUAAGUGUGAACAUGACCGGUGGUCUAGACUUUUUAUACCCUUUAUCCCAGCCCAGAACCGGCGGAUCAUAUAAAUUAAAUUGCAACUAAUACCUAACUCUAUUGUAAAUGUAGCUUUAAGUUUUUGCUACUACCAAUUUACAAGAUGUAUAGUUGAAGGAAAAAGCUUUCACUUUAGUUUAAUUAUUUGCGUAAUUAUCAUUAAAUAUUGUUACAAACAUAUUGCAUAUUUAUAAAGCCCAAUAAAGCAAAAUACCAUUUAAAUAUUUAUUAUGCCAAGCCGCGCUUAAACACAGGAAUACGCGAGAGUGAAUACGUAAUGCCCCAUCCUCGAUAAAAUAGCAAAAUUUCCGAACCCAGAUCCCUAUCGAAAGAUAAGCUCAUAUAAUACCAACUCAAGCAGCAAAACUAUAUGAUACGAUAAAGCAAAUUAUGUGUCUCUGUCUAAUUUAAAUGUGUGCAUUUAUGAGAUAUGACAUCAAAUCAAAAUAAAAUAUAAUAUCAAACAUUAA